GUUUACUAUUCGCUAUCGGGCAGCUAUCUGUGGCCGAUUCGAGAGCCUUUUGUGUACGACGUUGAGGGGUAAUUGGAUGGAGUCUGGUAUUCUUGCGUAGCCUCAACUCCACGGUACGCACCAUCAAGGGCGCUAACAUCUACUCGGUAUUUACUUCGAUUACAUUUGGCGCUGUAUUUCUUGACGUGCCUUUCAUACUUUUAACCUUUCAAGGCAAACAAAUAUACUGAUAUACUUGACUUGAUUUACAAACAAUUAAUGGCCCGGUUGAGCCCCAAGCAGACAUACACACCAUGGCGUCCUCAAACCGCAUUGUUGACAUACACACACAUAUGUACCCUCCCUCAUAUGUCGACAUCUUAAAGUCCAGACAGACCAUUCCUCUAGUCCGCACGUUCGACCCUGCUCAAGACCCAAGGCUCAUAUUACUUGCGGCAGAAGUGGAAUCUUUGAACAAUGCCGCCUCGAGUGAUGCUCCCGACAAGCGUGCAAAUCCACCUGGCCGGCCCUUGACAAAACACUAUGCGUCGCUCGGACAAAAGAUUCACUUUAUGAACACUCACAAGAUAGACAUAUCAGUCAUAUCCCUGGCAAACCCAUGGCUUGACUUUCUUGACCCGUCUGAGGCUGGCUCAAUCGGAGAGUCCAUCAACAAUGAGUUCGACUCAAUGUGCAACCAGCACCCGGGCCGCCUCUUCUUCUUUGCGACGUUGCCCUUAACGGCACCCCUGGACACCAUACUCGCAUGCAUAUCUCACGUCAAGUCGUUGAAGUACUGCCGUGGAGUGAUCCUGGGCACUUCGGGGCUAGGAAAAGGCCUCGAUGAUCCCGAGCUGCUGCCUAUAUUUGAGGCCUUGGGCGCAGCCCGGCUCAUGGUGUUUCUUCACCCUCACUACGGCCUUCCAAACGACGUCUGGGGCCCUCGGGCAAGCGCCGAAUACGGCCAUGUACUCCCUCUCGCAUUGGGUUUCCCGAUGGAGACGACCAUCGCCGUUGCGCGCAUGUACCUGGCGGGUGUGUUUGAUCGCGUCCCCAGUUUGAAUAUGCUUCUGGCCCACAGCGGUGGCACACUCCCCUUCCUGGCCGGCAGGAUCGAGAGCUGCAUACUUCACGACGGUCACCUGAUGCGGGAGGGCAAGGCAGGUGGGCCAGGAUCGGGCCGCCGGACUAUUUGGGAUGUGCUCAAGGAUCAGGUUUACCUGGACGCUGUCAUAUACUCCGAGGUCGGGCUCAAGGCGGCCAUAGACGCGAGUGGCGUGGACAGACUGAUGUUUGGAACCGACCACCCCUUCUUCCCACCGCUGACCAGUGAUGAAGAUGGUGCAUGGGAGAGCGUAGGGCUCAAUGCUGAAGCCGUGGACAAGGCGCUGGGUAGUGGGUCAACGGCAGCUGCUGGAGUCAUGGGCGAAAACGCCAUCAGGGUUCUGCGUCUUUACGAAAGUUAGAUAUACCUCGAUAGAAAAGGGGCCCUCAUAACUAGAACGGCGAUAAUGUCCUAAAAGAGAUCAUGAAUUCGAAAUGAAAACAAAACCUCGGAUACGACCAAGCCCAGCCAAGCUGUUUUUACUACAUACAGACGAUCUCAACAAGUAGAGCAAAAACAUGGGCAUUAAUUACAAUCUUCCAGAACCGUUCUCCAGCCUGAUAUGAAAGACGGGUCGGGGCAAACUCAACGAUUCGAAAUAUAGGACUGAUUGUUUUGUUCAACACUGAUAGGUCUACAUAGAUUAAAAUGACAAUUUGUAUUGGAUUGUACACUGUUA